AUGGUGGAGGCCACGCAGCCACAGCCGGGGUCAAGAGCUGGAGGUGAUCUCAGCGAGAACCAAAUUCAGGGGGUUCCACGGAAAGCCUUCAGAGGAGCUGUGGAGAUCAAGAACCUCCAGUUGGACUACAACCACAUCAGCUGUAUUGAAGAUGGAGCUUUCCGAGCGUUACGUGACCUGGAAGUGCUCACCCUCAACAACAACAACAUCAGCCGUCUGUCUGUGGCCAGUUUCAACCACAUGCCGAAGCUAAGGACCUUUCGCCUGCACUCCAACAACCUGCAGUGUGACUGCAACGUGGCCUGGCUGUCAGAGUGGCUGCGACAGCGACCCCGCCUGGGUCUCUACACACAAUGCAUGGCCCCUCCACACUUGAGGGGGCACAACGUGGCUGAGGUGCAGAAGAAGGAGUUUGCCUGCACAGGUCACCAGUCGUCAUCAUCUUCCUCCUGCAGUGUGAUACAGUGCCCAGAGUCCUGUACCUGCAGUAACAACAUCGUAGACUGCAGAGGGAAGGGACUGACAGAAAUACCCACCAACCUGCCUGAAACCAUCACUGAGAUACGACUGGAGCAGAACGCCAUCAAGGUGAUCCCAGCUGGAGCCUUUUCUCCUUAUAAGAAGCUGCGCAGGAUUGACUUGAGUAACAACCAGAUUUCCGAGUUAGCCUCAGACGCCUUCCAAGGUCUGCGCUCCCUCAACUCUCUAUCAGGUACUGAAGAUUACCGCAGUAAGCUUGGAGGGGACUGCUUCGCCGACUUGGCCUGCCCAGAGAAGUGCCGCUGUGAGGGCACCACGGUGGACUGCUCCAACCAGAAACUCACCAAAAUACCAGAUCACAUCCCCCAGUACACCGCCGAACUGCGUCUGAACAACAAUGAAUUCACUGUGCUCGAGGCGACAGGGAUCUUCAAAAAGUUGCCUCAGCUGAGAAAGAUUAACCUGAGCAAUAACCGUAUCACUGACAUAGAGGAGGGGACAUUUGAAGGAGCCUCCGGGGUCAACGAGUUGAUCCUGACCUCCAACAGACUGGAGAACGUACACCACCUCAUGCUGAAGGGACUCGGUGGCCUCCGCACACUUAUGCUGAGGAGUAAUCGUAUCAGCUGUGUGAGUAACAGCAGUUUUGUGGGGUUGAGCUCCGUUCGUCUGCUGUCGCUCUACGACAACCAGAUCACCUCCAUGAACCCUGGAGCCUUCGACACAUUGCACUCCCUGUCCACACUCAACCUUCUGGCCAAUCCCUUUAACUGUAACUGUCACCUGGCCUGGCUCGGUGAUUGGCUCAGAAGGAAACGCAUCGUCACGGGUAACCCUCGCUGCCAGAAUCCUUAUUUCUUGAAGGAGAUCCCCAUACAGGAUGUAGCUGCCCAGGACUUUGCCUGUGAAGAUGGUAACAACGAGAACAGCUGCUCCCCAGUGCUGAGGUGUCCCGCAGAGUGCUCCUGUCUGGACACGGUGGUGCGCUGCAGCAACAAGGGCCUCAACACGCUGCCCAAAGGCCUGCCCAAAGAGACCACCGAACUGUAUCUUGAUGGCAACCACUUCACUCAGGUUCCUGUGGAGCUCUCCGAUUACAAACACUUAACACUCAUUGAUUUGAGUAACAACCAGAUCAGCACGUUGUCCAACCACAGCCUCAGUAACAUGUCCGAGCUGCUUACCCUGUUCUCCUCUGUCUCCCUGCCUGGCAGGGCUCUGGGGGCCAACCCUCUGUACUGUGACUGCCACAUGCAGUGGCUGUCAGACUGGGUGAAGAGCGGCUACAAGGAGCCUGGCAUCGCCCGCUGCACCGGCCCUGGUGACAUGACCGACAAACUGCUGCUCACAACGCCUUCCAAGAAGUUCACCUGCUCAGGUCCUGUAGAUAUGAAUAUCCAGGCCAAGUGUGAGCCUUGCCUGUCUAACCCCUGCAAGAAUGACGGCUCCUGCUCCAACGACCCAGUGAACUACUACCGCUGCAACUGCCCCUUUGGAUUUAAGGGACAAAACUGUGAAGAGCCCAUUCAUGCCUGCAUCAGUAACCCAUGCCAUAAUGGAGGCACUUGUCACCUGAAGGAAGGAGAAGAGAGCAACUUCUGGUGUGUUUGUCCAGAGGGCUUUGAAGGCGACGCAUGUGAGAUCAACAUCGAUGACUGCGAAGACAACGACUGUGAGAACAACUCCACCUGCGUCGAUGGAAUCAACAACUACACUUGCAUGUGCUCAGCAGAAUACACAGGGGAGCUAUGUGAGAAGAAACUGGGAUUUUGCGCCUCCGACCUGAACCCUUGUCAGCAUGACUCAGUGCAUUUGACCCCUCAGGGAUACAGUGAGUGUGAGUGCACUCCAGGGUACGUGUGUGAGCACUGUGAGCUGGACUACGAUGACUGGUGUGGACAAUUCAACACUGAGCCUCUGUUCUACUGUUUCGAUCACGGUCAGGGUUAG